GCAGCUCACAUCAACAGAGAGAGAUCAGGCUAGGCGUAGAAGAGAGACUAAAUCAAGAUGCAGUUUUAAACAAGGAGGCAUCGAUAAACUCACAGAAACAGAGCUGGCAUAAAAGCUAGCAACUCUGCUUUUGUGAUAGACAUUAACUUGUACACUUAAGACCUUUUUUUCAGUUUUUUUCCAGUUCGCAAAGCUUGUGGGAACACAGAGAAGAGCGCCAGACCAUUUGAAUGUGGAAGAAAGUUUUGUUUUUUUUAACUUUUUGAAUACUGAUCUGGACAUUGCUUGCCUCUGCGCCAUGAGAGCCAAGUCGACUCUCCUGUUACUGGCUUUGAUCAGUCGUCUUUUCACUGCUCAAGCAGAACAAGACUGCUCUGAGGGGUUUGAAAGAAGUUUGGCAGAAGGCUGUGUUGAUGUAAAUGAAUGUGAAGAGUACGAUGAAGGAUGCGGUGAAAAUUCAAGAUGUUUCAACACAUUUGGCAGCCACUACUGCCAGUGCAAUGAUGGUUUCAGGUCAACAACAACUGUGAAUUUUACACUGGGACAUCCUGCAGAGUGUAAUGAUAUCAAUGAAUGUCUGGAGAACCGAGACAUCUGUGGACCAAAUGCCGUUUGUACCAACACAAUUCCCAACUACAAUUGCACCUGUAAACAGGGAUUUGCCUCUUCUACUGGAGUAGAAACAUUUCAUGGCAAAGACAACGUUACAUGCAUAGACAUAGACGAGUGUAAAGAGGAAAAUAUUUGUGGUCCGAAUGCAACAUGCAUGAACACACAAGGACUGUAUUAUUGCAUCUGCAAGGCUGGCUAUGAACUGAAAUCUGGAAAACCAAACUUUACAGGGAAAGGAGAGCAAUGUGAAGACAAAUGUAAGCUUGAUAAGACAAUCUGUGGAAAUGGGUCCUGUCAUCAGGGACCCAGUGGACAUUACUGUGCAUGCUUUAUAGGGUUUACUAACUACGGCAACAAAACAUCUCGCUGUACUGCCCUGGACUGUGGAGUUUUCAAAGAUGUAAAAACUCUAACAGAGAACAUUUACAGCGUACAGGAUCAUGUGAAGGAAUUGAGUGAUAGCUGUAUGAAUCUCAUAGAAAAUGAGGAUCCAGCAGAGCUCAAUGGAGAAGGCUUACUAAAGAGUCUGCUCUCUUUGAUCGACAAGCUCUUGUCCACUGGAUUCCUCAAUGAUAACGUUAAAAUCUCCAUCUUUCUGGACUUGGUGGAGCAAAGUCUAAGGGUCAUAGGACCUUUUAUUAAAACACCAGGGACGAAUAGAUCCACCAGUCACACAGAGAUGGACCUGCUGGUGCAUACCGGGAUGUCUAUACCCCAAGGACUGCAUACUUUGUCAUCAAAGCAUGCCAAACUGGACAUGAAGUUGGAGGAAGCUGCAGGAGAUCCCUCAUCUUAUCCAGGAUUUACAACGGUUUCACUGCUGAGCUAUUCAAACCUGGAAGAAUUUGCAGAUCAUUUCUUCAGUGGGAUGGAAAAGACAGAGAACCAGAGCUUUAAGCUGAACUCCAAAGUUGUGACUAUCAGCGUCAGUAACAGAGACACAGAACACCUCAAACAACCAGUCAACAUAACUUUGUACCACCUUGAUCAGGUAAAUCAAGCUACCCAGCAUUGCGUGUUCUGGGAUGCCUCUAAGGAAGGAGGUGCAUGGUCAGCUCGUGGCUGCAGCGUUGUGGAUUCCAACCCAAAAUACACCGUGUGUUCCUGUAACCACCUGAGCAGCUUUGCUGUGCUCAUGGCACUCUAUGAGAUAGAGGGCCAUUUUGAGUUGCAGCUGAUCUCCUGGGUAGGCCUAUCCCUUUCACUGACCUGUCUGUUCCUCUGCAUACUGACAUUCUCGAUGAUUCGGUCCAUCAAAAGCCCAAGAACAACCAUUCACCUGCACCUCUGCAUCAGCCUCUUUAUUGCGACCCUCAUCUUUCUCGUAGGGAUCUCUCAGACACAGAACAGGGUUGGCUGUGCAGUAGUGGCUGGGCUGCUGCACUUAUUCUACCUGGCUGCAUUCUGCUGGAUGUGUCUGGAGGGAAUCCAGCUCUUCAGGAUGGUAGUCCUGGUCUUCAACACCAACUUCAGAACUGUCUACAUGAUGGCAGGGGGCUACGGAGUCCCAGCAGUAAUUGUUGCUAUCACCGCAUUGGUUAAUGCAAAUGGAUACGGGACUGCAAAAUAUUGCUGGCUAAACUUGGAUUCCAUUUGGUUUUUCUUUGGCCCUGCCUGCGUCAUCAUUAUUGUUAACAUCUUCUUCUUUCUCAUCACCGUGUGGAAGUUGGCACAGAAAUUUUCAAGUUUAAACCCAGACCUGGAUAGCCUGCAUAAAAUCAAGGCAUUCACCAUUACUGCAGUGGCUCAGCUCUGCAUACUCGGCACCAUGUGGAUCUUCGGAUGUUUCCAGUUUGAGAAGGGCACAAUUGCCAUGUCUUAUCUGUUCACCAUUUUUGGUAGCCUUCAAGGUGUCAUGCUCUUUGUCAUGCACUGUCUCUUUUCCAAACAGGUGAGGGAGGAGUAUGAAAAUAUUAUUUCUCGGUUAUGUGCGCCACAGAAGGGAGCCUACUCCGAGUUCAACUACCCACACUCAAGCAAAGCCAGCGCAUCCAGAAGUACCCAGGACACGGGAGAGUCUCACAUCUAAAAAAUAAGCUAUGUUUUCUGGAAAAAAAAGGGGGGAAAAAAGAAAAUGUGGGCAUUAAGCUUUUGAUAUGGCAUAAUAACAACUCAUACUGUCCAUAACACGCUUCAAUUGUACGGCAAUAUUUUUUUUACAUUCUUGUCACACGAAAAAAUGAUGUAAUUUAUUUUGGAAAUGUACAUACAAAAUUUUUUUUUAAUAUAUGGAUAUUUUGUCUUCUUCUUUUGAAUUAAAGUCAUGCUUAUGUUUGUAGAACCUGGUUAAUCAGGCAUAUCUAAUAAUGUAAGUUGCUUCAUUCAGGUACUUAUUUCAAUCACAAAGGCAAUUCAAAAAAUACUUCUGAUCCAAGCUUUUUUUUUAAGACUUUGAGCAUGAGAAGUGCAACAUAAAGAAACCCAACACAGAGAGACAGUAAAUAAUAUAGAACAGAAUAACCUGUAUUGUUCCUCAGUAUGCAAAUGCAAGCAAAAUAAAUAUGUAUAAACAAAAAGUAAGAAUAAGAGACUAUAUGCAGUAAUAGCAAACAAUAUUUAUAGUCUGAGUGCUUGUACGUAAGGUGUUGUGAAAUUUUAGCAUGCAUUAGUGUGUUGGCGGCGAGUCUGCUGCCAGCGAGUUCGCAUAACAUUUCUCUCAAAAUUGAUUUUAGAUAAGCCCAAUUAUUUAGUCCUCUGGAAUGGUAGCCCCGCUAUAACACAUGGUGUUAGAGCACAUAUCAUAUUUCACGUCGAUGCUGUUUAUUUCUUGUUUACAUCUUGUUCCUCGUGCGAACUGUUGGAAUCUGUAACUUUGAAUGUGUUUUUGUAGAUUCGCUAAAAUAAAUGGAAUCCUAUAUCUAACAUUGCUAA